AUGUCCCAUUCAAAUGAACUAAGAGCAAGUCAAUACAUAUCAAAUUCUGAACAAACUGCUUUUAUGCAUAAAUCGAAUCCUAUCCUGUCUACCUUGGAGCCUUUUCAAAUACCACAAAAGCCACUUGAAGUCGGUCUAGAUCUAGAAUAUAACCAAACAUUACCGUCAGGUUCGGGUACAACCCAAAGUCAAAGAGAAUUAUCUGGCGACGAAUCUCGCUCAGAUCCGUUUGGUUCAGACGAUUCAAGAGCCGAUCCAGACUUUUCAUCAACAUCUUCAAGUAACACCGACUCCAGUUCGUCGUCCAGUAGCGAAAGUGAUGAAAAUGAACCUCCAAGAAAGCGCAGAAAAGUUGUAAAUAUUAAUAAGACUAAAAAACAAGGAAAAAAACGCUUAAGAAACCCCGACAAUUGGCGGAAGAAUAAAGCUAAAGCCUUGAGGAAUAAUGGCAAGAAGUAUAUCUCUGUUUCGAAAAAACAGAGAACUUUUAAUGAAAGAGUCAUGCAGUUAGCUUGUGGGGAAAAAUGCAAACUACAGUGUAGUCAAAAAAUUUCAGAAGAAGAACGUCAAACGAUUUUUAAUGAGUACUGGAAACUUGGCGAUUUGCAGAGACAACGGGAUUUUUUAGCCACAAAUAUGACCCUAGUUUCUCCUAAAUACCAGUAUAAAAGGGAAAACAGUCACCGACAGCAAAACAAUGCUUUUUAUUUUGUAGUGCGCAAUCAAAAGAUUAGGGUCUGCAAAUUAUUUUUUAAAGCUACUUUGUCUAUAAAUGAUAGACCAAUACGGACAGUGGUUAAUAAAAAGAAAUUGACACCAACGGGGCAUUUUAUUGAGUCUGAUAUGAGAGGACGACAUAAACAUCAUACCAAAAUAGAUGAAUCUAUUAAAAAUGGAGUUCGAAACCACAUCAGCAAAAUCCCAAAAAUUGAUAGUCAUUAUACUCGAGCCAAUACGACAAAACAAUUCAUAGAAGGUGGUAAGACCAUAGCUGAUCUUCAUAGAGACUACGUGAAGGAUUUUAAUGAAAAUAAAUUGGAGAGGGCUAAUUACAAUCUAUACGCGAAAAUAUUCAACGAAGAAUUCAACUUGUCAUUUUUCGUACCGAAAAAAGACCAGUGUGACCAUUGUAUAAGUUUUGAACAAAUGAGUGAUGAAGAAAAGGCAUUGCACAUUGAAGAGUAUAAUCAACAUCACAAAGAAAAAGAGCUAUCAAGAGCAGAAAAAAAAGAGAUAAGGAAUCUGAUAACAUCGUAG